AUGGGAAUCUUGCAUGAUACCACUACACCACUAGCUAAAUUAAUCAUGAAUGAAAAGUAUUGUAUUAAUCAUACAUUAAAUAGCACUAAAAUAUUGAAUGAUCGACGAAAACAACGACGAAAUCGUACAACAUUUACAGUGAAACAAGUACCAUUUGAAUAUUUAGAAGCACUUGAACAAGUAUUCAAAAAAAGUCAUUAUCCCGAUAUAUUUGCUCGAGAAAAUUUAGCAAUAAAAAUUGAUUUAACUGAAGCACGUGUACAGGUAUGGUUUCAAAAUCGUCGUGCUAAAUGGCGAAAAAGUCAAUGUGAUUAUGUUGAAAAUCUACCACAAAUAAACGAAUUAUCCUAUCGUUAUUCAAUUAAAUCUCAUCCAAAAGAUCAAAAAAUAAAAUAUUCUAAUCAAUCAUCAUGGAAUAAUUCUGUAUCUCAAAUAAUAAAAGAUAAUUUUAAUUAUAGAAAUGUUCCAUGUUCAAUAGAAAAAGAUACUUUAUAUGAUCAAACAUUACUUUCAAUUAAUAGACCAUUAAAAACAGAUUUUACUGUAUCACAAACAUGGUCUGAUAUUUUGAAUAAUUUUUUAAGAGGAAUGUUAAAACUAACAGAGCCCUCCUACAUUGCGAUGUCAACUAUGUUCCCUCCGAUCAAUAGUGGUCGACCAGAGUCAGACAUUGGCGGCGGUGAGAAUAAUGGAUCUUAUUCACCAUCCGCUUCAAAACUUCGACGACAAAUAGCGUUCACAAACAAUGAUCGAAGUCCAUUAAGAAGUAAAACUAUAUCUACAAGUAAACAGUUUGCUGUUGCUGCUUCUCAUGGCGCUUCGGGAAUAACGGCAGAAUCGAAAAAUGCCACAAAUGGUAGUCAAGGCAGCGCUUCUAUACAGAAAAGAUCUCCAUCAUUUGCCCAAAAUAGUCCACAAUUUGAGCCCAAUAAAAUUGUUUAUCGUGCAAGUGAUUAUUCUUGGAAUGAAAACGGUCACACAUCUAGUAAUAAUCUUAUCCGUGCGUCAAGUCCAACAAAAACGAAAUUAUCAUCAGCGAAAAAUCUUACUAACGGCAUUCUCCAUGAAAAUAAUGGCGUAGCCAGUUCUCUUUUGCAUAUACCAAGUAACAGUAAUACGGGUGAUAAUCGACGGACAGAUAUAAAUGGUGAUAUUGUUUUAUCGGCAUCGAAAUCUCGCCAGACAAGAAUAAACAAGACAAAUAAUCAAAAUAUGAAUUUUGUCCCUGUACGUAGUGAAAGUUAUCGUUCGGGUGAUUACAAUCGAGUUUCCCGACUAGAAUAUCCAAAUGUAAGUUCUGUUUUAUCAGCAGCAGCUCGACCAAGAAAUACAUCAUCUAAACAACGUAAUUAUGUUAAUUCAAAAUCAUCUUUUCACGAUGAAUAUUAUGAUAUGAACGGUGGUGCAAACAACGAGAAUAACAAUAUUGGUGCUAGUACUCAACAACUAGCUCGAUUAAGUGGAUCAUCAUUUGAUUUAACGGCAAAUCGGAAACCUUUAUCUCCGAAUAAGAGUAGCACAUUCAAUCUCGGUCUAAAUCAUUACUAUUCAUCGACGAAUGAAUUACGAUUACAAGAACAACUACAUAGAAGUGAAACAAAUAUAGAUAAAACGAAAUAUUUACGAUUAAAAGAUUCCAAUGCACAACAAACAACAUCCACAACACUCGCAGUACCCCUCACAGCAGCAUCAAAAUUUCGUGCUCCGACAAAUAUAAAUACAAGAGAAAAUGAACGUAUACAAUCAGCAGUCUCUUAUAAAUCCCGUGAUCCAAAUGUUUCAUAUGCGUAUACAGACGUUAAAAAGUAUAUCGAAGAAAAUGAUUUGAUGCCACCCGAAAAAGAACAAGUAAUAAGAAAUUGGAUUCAAGAUGUUGAAAAACAUCGAAAUAAAAUGGAGAAAAUGGAUAAUUAG